AUGUUCUACUACCUUACGAUCUACGUGUCCUGCAACAAUGUUGCAGCUCGGGUGAUAAGGGGCAAAAAAUAUCAUGGCGGAGAAAAUACCAAGAAAUCCACAUGUGGUUAUGAAAUAGAACGAUCGUGAAAUUUAAAGAGGCCUCACCUUAUCAGCGUCGUGACUGCACUUCAACCGACGUCUACAGAUUAGUGGCACAGGAUGCGAACUAUAUGUGUUCUGUUUUCUUUUAUCUUUCCCAUCUUCUCGGAGGGAUGCUGUGGAAGCUGGCGAGACAGAAAAGCAGCAAAACGAGACGACAACCAGCACUACAGAGCUGUUGAGGGGGAGAUGUUUUUGAUGCCGUGCAUCGAGUCUGUGAGCAGCUGCAACAACGCAAAGUGCUCCAGGACCGGAGAAGGAGCUGAAGGCACCUCUUUUGACUGUGGGACGAAGUUCUCGGUGGAGGCAAAACAUGCUGGAAAAUACACAUGCAGUGGCAGCACGUUUUUGUUUCAUCUACAGGUGGUGAAGAGGUCAGAGAGCAGCCUGGGAUGCUUCCUGUCCAAGGAGAGCAGUGUGGAGCUGGUCGAUAGUAAAGGUGGAACGGUCCCCUGCCCCGGUCAUACGUGUAGUAACAACACACAUGUCAUCUGGUACAAGGAUAAGGCAGCCAUGUCGAGGCAGAAGAGGCCGUUUUGUCUGAAGAGCGGAGGGUUAUAUUUAUGCACAGUCACUGAACAUGAUACAGGGGUGUAUUUCUGUGAUCGACAAAUACGUGAGCAAGGAGUCAUCUGGACUUUCAGGAGGGCUGUUAACGUCACAGUAAUACGCCCAACAGCUGACAACGUAACUGACCCUCCCAAGAUUCUGUAUCCAAAUGGAAACGUAACAGAGAAAGUUGAGCUUGGUUUACCUCACACGUUAGAGUGUGUGGUACAUUUUCUUCUUGAGAGACAUUUUCCGAGGAAGGUGCUGUGGUACAUGAAUUACGGUGGCAAGACAGACAAUAUGACCCUGGUACCAAUGGAAGAGCAAAAGCAACAAGAGAAGUGCGAGAAAUUCGAGUGCAAGGUGAUUGGAAGAGCCCUCAUUAAGCAGGUGACUCCCCAGCACUUGAACCAGAGAUUUACCUGCAUCGCCAGCAAUAAUGUCAGCGAAAGAAGCGGCACCAUUCAGCUUAAGGACAUUAGAGUGAAAUUGUCCUCGCUGGUUGGGUACCCCGUAGCUUCAUUGCUGUUGGUGGUUGGUCUAGGAAUUGUUUUACAGGUGAAAUGGCUGGAAAUACAACUUAUCUACAGAUCCUACUUCCAACAUAGAAAACAUGAUGGAGAUGAGAAAGAGUUUGACGUGUUUCUCUCGUGUGUGUGGAGCCCGCCCUCGACAGAGGUGGGGGGAGUUUGGACCCUUUCCUCCCAGAGAGGACCUAACAGGGAUGAGGAAGCAUGUUUAGCUGGCGUGGACCCGCUGAUCACGAGGGAGGGUGUGUCCACCCUGGGGCCGCUGGAAGUGAUGCUGCCCCAGGUGUUAGAGGACCAGUGGGGGUAUCGCCUCUGUCUACUGGAGAGGGAUGUCGCCCCUGGAGGAGCAUUUACAAAUGAUGUGGUCCUUGCAAUACAGAGAAGCCGAAUGCUUAUCUGUCUCCUGUCGGCCGACUACCUCUCCAACAGCAAUGCGGUGUUUGUGCUGGAAUCGGGAAUCCAGGCUUUGCUGCAGAACUCUAGCCUGAAACUCCUGCCGAUAUGGACCGGCAAAGCUUCAGCAUCCCUCGCGCAGCCGGACACCCCACUGCCCACGCUGGUCCAGAGGGCCUUGAAGGUGCUACCGAGUCUGGAUUGCACCUCGGGCCAACCUUCCACCAGCUGUUUCUGGAGGUCUUUGAGGAAGAAUAUGCCUGAUCAGAGAGCAAAGCUGGAUUCACUCAUGCCAAACCAGAAGGUUUCACUCUAACAUGAUGGACGUGGCUGCGUUCUGCACACACUGAAGCAAUUUGUCGCCGGGUGGAGAGAUGAAUGAAGACACAUGUCACGGUGAUUUACAUGGUGAUGCAACAUUUUCAAAUGUCGGGAGAAGAGAAAUGAGUCACCCUUCAUCCCAUGCU